AUGGAGGUCAUUAAGCGUUUAAAGGAGGAAGAAAAAAAGUUAAGAGAAAGACUAAAAGGACAUUGCCAAUGGGGAAGCAAACAAAAGGAAGCAUUGCAAUACAAAAUCCAAGUAAUCGGUCAGUUAAUUAAGAUUUACCAAGUAGCCCCCACUCCGUUAGAUUUGUCAGCAGCAAAAAAAAUUCUCGACCAACAAGCCGGACUAGAUAAGACCAAAGAGUUACUUUUAGAAAAAGUGGAGAUUGCUGAAUAUCAAAGACGAGAAAACGUUAAAACUUCCUCCCAAGUUUUAUGUUUGGCCGGUCCACCGGGCACGGGAAAGACUACUCUGGCCUUUAAUUUUGCCCAAGCAUGGGGAAAACAAUUUUUCCGUUUGGCUCUGGGUGGUUUGUCCGAAACUUCUUUUCUCGUCGGAACUAGCGAGGGUUCCGGAGGAAGUGAAGUAGGCCAAUUAGCCCGAGCCCUAGUAGAAACUGGAAAACCCGACCCGGUGAUUGUUUUUGAAGAAAUUGACAAAACUGGCUCGCCUUUCAAGUCGGCCCUGCUAGAUUGUUUAGUAGCCAUUUUGGACCCGGUGCAAAACCACGAAAUACUAGACCACUAUCUUAAUGUAAAAUUAGAUUUCUCCCGUGUAACUUUCAUAGUUACGGCUAAUGACCUAAAAAAGAUUCCGUCUUACUUGCGUUCACGAUUUCUGCUUAUUGAAUUACCUGGUUAUAAUUUCCAGCAAAAGCAAGAAAUUGCUCGCCAAAUUAUUCACCAAAAAUUUCGCUUUGCGGAAAACAACUGUGAAAUUACCUCCGCAGCCUUGGAAACUUUAAUUAACAAGACAAGGGAGAAAGGAGUAAGACAACUAGAACAAGUCCUUAAUAUUAUUUUUGAACGUUGUUGCCUUUUAACCUGGGCGAGAGAAACAAAGCCAGAUGAAGAAAAAAGCAAAAUAAUUAUUGAUACAAACUUGGUAAAUCAAACUAUUCCUAAUACUCUUCCGAGUGUUGACGAAGAAGUGGACCAAGCCCUAUCCCCGCUGGGAAAAAUUCAGAAUAGCGUUGCCGGAAAUCCUUGA